AUGACUCCAGAAUUUCAAAUUCAUGCCAUCGACUUGUCCUUUUUAUUCACAGGCUACACCAAGGCUAACAUGCCCAUUCUCGCACCUCCAUCAAAACAUCUUGCCAGUCUUCAACCUGUUCCCAAAGGCAUUUACGACCAGCUUCUGGAACUGCAGUGGACCGACCCCGCCGUUAUGAAUACUUGA